CUCCAAGCGGCGGCCUAGCCUAACCCCCCAGAAAAACCCUACUCCCAGUCUCCCCCGCCUCGCCUAUGGACGCCGGCGGCCACCUCCGUCCGGGCUCCUACCUGGGGGACGUCUCCGCGCUCUCCUUCCUCCCCUCCUCCCCCCGCCCCAUCCUCCUCGCCGGGACCGGAUCGGAGCUGCUUGUGUACGAUGUGGGCGCCGCCAGGCUCGUCGCUUCGUUCCAAGUGUUCGACGGAGUGCGCGUCCACGGCAUCGAGCCCCGGGCAGGAGGCCCCGAUUGUUCCAACUACUCGCUCGCAGUGUUCGGUGAGAGGAGGGUGAAGCUUUUCUUGCUCGGGGUCGGCGACGAUGCAGGGGACGGCGAAGUGCGGCUGGAGCUGGAGCAGAGGCUCCCGGGGUUCGAUCACUGGGUGCUCGACGCUCGUUUCCUGGAGGUGGAUGGGUUGCUUGCGAUUGGUCUGAGUGACAAUUCAGUUGCGCUGUGGGAUUUGAGCGAGCACGUGUUGGUUACCCGAGUCAAAUCUCCAGAGAAAUGUCUUUUGUAUUCAAUGAGAAUGUGGGGAGACUCUGUUAGAGAACUUCUUGUGGCAUCCGGAACCAUUUUAAAUGAGAUUCUUAUAUGGAAAUUGGCACCCCAAAUACUGGGCCCAUCCUUGUUAUGGUGGUUUGAAGGGGAUACUCCCGGCGGAAAUAACUAUGAAAAUGUACAUCCUAGUGAUGAGCAGUACAUGGCAGUUCAUCUUGGAAGGCUGAAGGAGCAUGAAGGUUCAAUAUUUCGAAUAGCCUGGUCCCCUGAUGGAUCAAAGUUCAUGUCUGUUUCUGAUGACCGUAGUGCUCGCAUAUGGAUGUUGAGUUUCCAGUCACAAGGUUCUGUCAAUCAGGCUGCCAGACAAGAUGAUGUCGAUAUUAUACCAGAACUCACACUUUUUGGGCACAGUGCUAGGAUAUGGGAUUGCUAUAUUUCUGAUUCUAUAGUUAUAACUGCUGGUGAGGAUUGUACUUGUUGCAUUUGGGGCAUGGAUGGAAAGCUAAUCAAGAUGUUCAGAGAACACAUUGGUCGGGGAAUAUGGCGAUGUUUAUAUGACCCAAGAUCACUACUUCUGAUCACUGCUGGGUUUGAUUCAUCAAUAAAAGUGCACCAUCUAUGUAACUCCUCUUUCCAUGACAUAGGGGAAGACAAAGUGGUCUCUGAUGGUCUGAACUAUGAUUCUGAGGUCUUUGUAGUAUCUUCUCCUACAGUGGCAGGGCAGUAUGGUCCCCUGGAUAGCAAAAGCGAGUAUGUCCGGUAUCUACACUUUGCAGAAGAAAAUGUUCUUUAUGUUGCCACAAAUAAUGGAUAUCUGCAUCAUGCAGAGCUCUCUAGUGUAGAAGAUGUAAGAUGGACGGAGAUUAUUCAAGCCGUUGAGAAAACACCAAUUAUCUGUAUGGAUGUCAUGACGAUGUAUUCAGACUUUUCUUUGAAUCGGGAGGAUAUAGUUGCCCUUGGAGACGGUCGGGGAAAUGUUACUAUUGUCCGUUUAACCAGUGGCAACAUCGAACCUAAAGUAGAUCUAUCUUUUACCUGGUCAGCAGAAAAAGAUAGACAACUACUAGGAGUAUACUGGUGCAAGUCACUUGGAUGUAGCUACAUUUUCACAGCUGAUCCUAGGGGCGUGCUUAAAUUAUGGAACAUAAGGGACUCCCUGUUCUCAAUCACGAAUGAUAUCAAUGCAUCUCAGAUGGUUCUACUUGUAGCAGUGUUUGAGUCUUCCUUUGGAGCUCGAAUCAUGUGUUUAGAUGCAUCACCUCUAGAGGAGAUCCUCAUAGCUGGUGAUAAAAAGGGUAACAUCACAGGCUUUCCCUUCCCUAAAAUAUUGACAGAGCAUGGAAGCAUUGUGACACAACAGAAGAUACCUCUACGAGAUUGUUUUAAAGGAGCUCAUGGCAUUUCUAGUGUCACAAGUGUUCAUAUAAAAAACUCAACUUCUGAUCAUAUUGAAAUUCACACUACUGGGGGAGACGGCUGCAUUUGCUUCUUCAAGUAUGGCAGAAAUGUACAAAAGAUUGAAUUUUUUGGAAUGAGACAAGUAAAAGAAUUGGGUACCAUACAAUCCAUCUACAGUAAUCUUGCAUCUGAGAACCAAUUGCGUAGUACCUAUGCAAUAGGUUUUACCUCUGCAGAUUUUAUCAUUUGGGACCUUGAAAAUGAAACGAAGAUGGUUCAAAUAUCCUGUGGAGGAUGGCGGCGGCCUUAUUCUUAUUAUCUUGGGACAGUCCCCGAGUAUCAAAACUGUUUUGCCUUUGUAAAGGACCAUAGUAUUCACAUUCGCAGGCACUGGGCACCAACUCAAGAUAAGAAGUUGCUCCCUCAAGUUCUCCAUCUGCAGUUUCAUGGAAGAGAAGUGCAUUCGUUAUGCUUCAUAGAUGCAAGCUAUUCAAAUCUUGAGAAUAGCUCGGAUAUGUGGAUUGCAACUGGAUGUGAAGAUGGAACCGUGCGCCUUACAGGUUACUCAAGUGGUAGCUCUGGAAGAUGGCAUUCCUCCAAGUUGCUCGGGGAGCAUGUUGGGGGGUCAGCCGUGAGAGCUACAUGUUUCAUCCCGAAGGCCUACACGUCAAUAGAUAAAUCGUGUAACUACGAUUCUAAUGGCAUUUCCGAUGACGUUGUGGUCAAAAACAAAGACAGCACUUCCUUACUCAUAUCCGUGGGAUCAAAGCAAGUCCUGACUACUUGGAUUUUGCAACCUAGGAUUGCCGACAACAGACAAAUGUGUUUGAGUGGCUUAGAUGUAGAUUCCAAGCAAAGCUCGGAAAAUGGUGAUUCAGCCAUGUCAUUUCAAUGGCUAUCUACCCACAUGCCGCCAAAGCUUCCAAGGAACGGGCUGAAAGCUGGCCAUGCAAAACAGAACUUUGAGGGAGGAGAUUCCUCUGUUGCACAAUCCAAUCUGGUUAUUAUGGAUCAGAUGGAAAAUGACUGGCGAUACCUUUCUGUUACAGCAUUUCUUUUGAAGCACCUGGCUACCAAGCUAGCAGUAUGCUUUGUCGUUGUUGCUUGCGCUGAUGCAACACUUGUGCUCCGUGCUCUCCUGUUGCCCUCUCGGUUGUGGUUUGAUGUUGCCAUGUUGGGUCCACAGGCAUCACCAGUUCUGGUGCUACGGCAUAUUAUUGUCAAUGCUAGCCACUAUAAAGAUAAGGCUAGAGAUAGAUACAUUAUUGUGAGUGGAUCUACAGAUGGUAACAUUACUUUCUGGAACCUAACAGAGACCAUUCAUGGUUUCAUGCAACUAGUAUCAGAGGCACAGCCACACAUGGUUAUUGAUUGCCAAAAGCGUCCCAGGACUGGAAGAGGGAGUCAAGGGGGUCGUCGUCGAUGGAGAUCUCUGGCAGGCCAUUCUUUGAAGAAGAGCAAUGAAGAGACGUUGCUCCCUGAUGGGAGCAACCUGAGCACCCCAUGUGCUGCUGAAAAUUUGACUAAAACUUCUGGUGCGGAAGAAAGUGCCACAAAUGCUCAAAACAUAAUGCUUGAAGAAAGUGAUGGUGCAAAUACUCCAAACAUAAUGCCUUCAAGUAUUCAAUCAUGUGAUAUACCCGAACUGGGACCAAUGCACAUAUUCAACGGCGUUCACCAGUCAGGUGUUAAUUGCCUCCAUGUGUCAUACUCAACACCUGAUGACUCAUACCACGUCAUAAGUGGCGGGGAUGAUCAAGCUGUUCAAUGCUUUAGUUUCACAGUAGGAUCUAUGGAGGUUUGCUCAACAAACACAACAAUGCUAAAAUCGCAUGACAAUGACACAAUUAACAUUGUACAUCAGCAUAAGGUUCCAUCCGCUCAUAGUGUAGCGGUUAAAGGAAUAUGGACGGACGGUACCUGGGCUUUCUCAACUGGCCUUGAUCAAAGAGUAAGAUGCUGGAAGAUGGGAUCAUCCGGCAAAUUCGCAGAAUACUCCCAUGCUAUCAUUAGCGUGCCUGAGCCUGAAACUCUAGAUGUUUUCCAUGACCGGGCAAAGAGGAAAUACCAGAUAGCUGUUGCUGGAAGGGGAAUACAGAUGGUUGAGUUCUCGCCACCUGAAGACAAUUGACAAAGAUGGCGCGAUUGUAUGGAAGUUACAUGGAUGUGGUGGUAGCUGCGUUGUGAGACCAAUUUGGUUUGAACUUUUGCUGGCAAGGCCUACAACGAAUCGAGAAAUCAAUACCAGAAUGAUUUAACACGGCGGGUUGAGCGGAAGGCGGUUGGUGCAACCCUGUGGGGCUGCACGUGUUCCCUGAUUUUGGGUUUCUCUAUUCUCUUGUAUCAGUAAUACGUAUAAUUUUAAUAGGAUAACAUCAUAGUCAUACUUCGAUUAAGAUUAUGAUAAAGGUUUGCUGAUACAAAAGUUUUAAUCCAUAUGAUUCAUUA